ACUCAAUACAUGUUGACCAAAUCUCGCUAGUCAUGAUCGUGCAAGUGCUUGCUAUUUUAAUUCUGUUAGGAGUGUUCGUCUACUUAAAAGGUGUAUACAACGAACGGUACUGGAAGAAACGAGGUGUGGUUUUUCAUAAAUCAAACAGACUUUUGGGCAUUUCCUGGGACUACCUAACGCAAAAUCGUGCGUUUUUCGAGCACUUUGAUGACAUCUACAAGCAGUACCCGAAUGAACCAGCCAUCGGUAUAGGUUCAGUGUUAAAGCCUGCUAUAUUUUUAAGAGAUGUAAAUAACAUUCAACACGUUGUCUCCACUGAUUUUAAUGCGUUCAAUCACAGAGGAUUCGAAAUAAGCGAUGACGAUAAACUCGCAAAUAACAUACUUCUGUUGAACGGGAAGAAAUGGAAGCUCCUAAGGCAGAGUAUGUCGCCUCUGUUCACGUCCAGUAAACUGAAAUUAAUGUACAAUAUCAUAAACAAAAGCGCAGAAGACAUCGUCCCAUAUAUAAAGAGCAGUCCGGAGCUAAUGAAGAGAAACACAUUCGACACAUUGUCAACAUUCUGUAGCGCGGCUAUUACAGCUGCUGUAUUCGGAAUCUCGUCAAAGUCAGUUUUUGAUUCGCCAUUUUUAGAAAUGGCACAAAGAGUUUUCAAGCCGACACUUUUAUUAAAUAUCAAGUUUGUCAUAAGUUUAACCACACCAAUGGUAAUGAGAUUACUCAAUCUGAAAUUUUUCAGUGAAUAUGAACCAUUCUUCAUUGGAGCUAUCAAGCAACUGUUGGUGACAAGAAGAACAGAAUCUACCAAACGACAUGAUUUUGCUGACUUGUGCGUAUCGAUUCAAGACAGUGGAAUGUUGAAGGAUGAAGAUACUGGAUUGGAGAUAAAACCUACUGACGAGGUGCUGGCGGCACAGGCUUUCUUUUUCUUUACUGCUGGAGUGGAGCCGACAGCUACCGCGAUGUACAAUGUUUUGAUUCUUUUGGGAAAACAUCCGGAAGCGUUGAAGCGAUUACAAGACGAAAUCGACGAUGCCUUCGCAAAAAAUAAUGGCAGCAUGACCUAUGACGCACUAUCAGGAAUGGAAUAUCUCGAUAUGGUAUUUAACGAGGCCAGCAGAAUGUAUCCAGCGCUUGGAUAUAUUGUUCGUGAGUGCGUACACGAUUCUGUCCUCCCUGCCGGUAACAUCAAAAUUGAAAAAGGAACGACCGUGUUUAUACCAAUUUUUGCGGUGCAUCAUGAUGAAAAAUUCUAUCCAGACCCAGAAGUCUUUAAGCCGGAAAGGUUUUCUCGAGACAACAAAAGUGACUUAGUGGACAAAGCUUUUCUACCAUUUGGGAAAGGUAACAGAAUAUGCAUAGGCAUGCGAUACGCCACACUCCAGGCUAAAGCUGGAUUGGUCCAGCUGCUGCGAAACUUCGAUAUCAAGACAGAACAAAUUGGGGACAAAAUACAAUACAGAAAAGAACAAAUCCAAGUGAGAAUAGUAAAUGUUGACUUUCAAUUUGUUGAAAGAAAGAUAAAGUCUAAUUGAUAAAAUAUAUUAUUUUGCAUAAACUUGGUUGUUAUGAAGUGUAAUUGAGUUAUCAGUUAUCACAGUAUCUAUAUUUAUCUU